ACACUUUCUCUUCUCUUUUCCCACUAUUGUUCUGUUACUGUUUUUGCAGCAGCACUUCAAUUCAAUUCAAUUAACGAACUGCAGCACUUACUUCUUCGCUUUUGCCUUUUUUUCUUCAACUGCUCUGUAACCGAAAACCACCCUUUGCCAGUUUUGAAUCUUUUGUUUCUGGUUUUGGUUACAGUUUUUCCGAGCCUUGCUAUUCAUUAUUGUCCUUCGAAUCGGAUUGAUUUGGACACUGCAUUGCAUGUAAAUCAGGAAAUCAUGACUACAUCUACUCGUGACAUCUCAGAUAAUGAAGCUGAUGAGCAGCAGCAGUCGGAACCACAAAUGCAGCAUUUAUCUGCAAAUGGAAUUUCUCAUGCAGGUAUUGGUACUCAGAAUGUUCAGUAUGCAACACCUCCGCAGCUUGGAACUGGGCAUGCUGUGGUACCACCCACUUACCCAUAUCCAGAUCCAUACUACAGAAGUAUCUUUGCUCCCUAUGAUGCACAAACUUAUCCCCCACAACCUUAUGGUGGAAACCCAAUGGUCCACCUUCAGUUAAUGGGAAUUCAACAAGCAGGUGUUCCUUUGCCAACUGAUACAGUUGAGGAGCCUGUGUUUGUCAAUGCAAAACAGUAUCAUGGUAUAUUAAGACGCAGGCAGUCCCGUGCUAAAGCUGAAUCAGAAAAAAAAGCUGCAAGGAAUCGAAAGCCAUACUUGCAUGAAUCUCGACAUUUGCAUGCACUAAGAAGAGCAAGAGGAUGUGGAGGUCGGUUUUUGAAUUCAAAGAAAGAUGAGAAUCAACAGGAUGAGGUAGCAUCAACUGACGAAUCACAGUCCAAUAUCAAUCUCAAUUCUGAUAAAAAUGAGCUUGCACCAUCAGAUAGAACAUCCUAAAACUAUAGAAAUGGUGAUGCUGUAGAUUGCAGGGAUCUGUUGUGUAUAUCUAUAUUGGGAGUCGAAUCUCCAACCAACAGCAUCCUCGUUCGGUCAGUACGUCAUAGGUAAAAAUAGAUUUUGUGUAAUAGGUAUGUUAGGAUGUUGCAAAAUAAAACAAGUUAAAUGUAGAUUGAAGUGAUAUAACUAAAUCUAUCCCCGUUAGGGUCCUUUCUAGCCUUUGUAUAUGAGAUUUUUAUUGUGUGGGCUUUUCUUAGUUUAUUUGGUGCCUCGGAGUCGGAGGGAAAGAAAAUUUGGUUGGAUUAUAUUUAUUUAGCUUGUGAGAAUUAACUGUUGUAGCUCUCUUUUGAUUUGUUGUUAUAAACGAGGAUGAUAAGUUUAAAGAAGGAUUGGUUAAAUUUCGCACAGUUGCAGAUAGAAGGAAGAGGUUCACGGAAGA